GACCCCCAUCAGACCGUGCUGCCUUAAAUGACCUUUGACCUUUCCUCUGUCUCUCCGGGUCUCGACCUCAGUGCAGAACAAAAGGACUCCAUUCAUCAUCGUUAAGCCUCCAGCUUCAGCAGCCCCCCAUCAUGACGAAGGGGAGCACCAGCGCCGCCUGAUCGACCCCCCAAAAACCCAGAACCUGAACCAUGACUGAGAGCAGGAGGAGGCGGAGGGAGCUGUGAGACCUCGACUUAAAGGAUGUAAAUGUGUAAAUGACACCUCCUCUGAAUGUCCGCUCUACACGUGUUGUCUGUUAAAACACACUGUCCUGCCAUGACUGAGGUUUUGGAACUCUAAAGGUCUUCAGCGAUUCAGCAUUUGAACCCAGCACUAAACGGAAACACAGGGACCUUUGGCUUCCAACGAUGUAGAAGAAGACAGCAGAGACGAUUGUUGAUUCACAGUCCAACAAAGACGACCACGAUUGUCUCUCCUCGACGAAAACCCCGGACCUUCUGAAGAUUUGAAACUCUUCCUUUCAAGCUUUGUUUUUGUAAAUAUGAAGAUUGAAAUCAAAGACAUGAAAAACACAGACAGCAGAUAAGAUUGUUUUACAGAUUAAAGGGCAAAGACUCACUCCGCUGACCUCUUCAACAACCAAAUAUCACAAACUGAAGAUUGUACAACGAAACAAUCAGGAAGGGACCCGGCUGAGAGUCUUUGUUUUGGAACCACAGAAGUUUGGACUAAGACUUGAAACUCUUACGACUCGAGGAUCCGUCGGUUCAUCGAGGGUCAACACUUUGUACAGAAACACGUUUUGGAUUAUCGGGAUCCAAACCAGAGUGAGACCUCAUGAUGACACAUCUGCACGCCGGUCUCAGCUCAGAGACAACGGAGAAGGCUCGCUUAGAGCUGAAUGAAAACCCGGACACUCUGCACCAGGACAUCCAGCAGGUGCGGGACAUGAUCGUGACGCGGCCCGACAUCGGUUUCCUGCGGACCGACGACGACUUCAUCCUCCGUUUCCUGAGAGCCAGAAAGUUCGACCAGGUGGAGACCUUCAGACUGCUGGCCCAGUACUUCCAGUUCAGACAGCAGAACCUCGACAUGUUCCAGAGUUUCAAGGUGGAUGACCCGGGGAUUAAGAGGGCGCUGAUGGAUGGUUUUCCAGGCGUACUGGAGACUCCGGACCAACAUGGUCGGAAAAUCUUAAUCCUGUUCGCUUCGAACUGGGACCAGAGCAGGAACUCGUUCACAGACAUCUUGCGUGCGAUCCUGCUCUCUCUGGAGGUUUUGAUAGAGAACCCGGAGCUCCAGAUCAACGGUUUCAUCCUCAUCAUCGACUGGAGCAACUUCUCCUUCAAGCAGGCGUCCAAGUUAACCCCCAACAUCCUGAAACUGGCCAUCGAGGGUCUUCAGGACAGCUUCCCGGCUCGGUUUGGAGGAAUCCACUUUGUGAAUCAGCCGUGGUACAUCCACGCCAUGUACACCAUCAUCAAACCUUUCCUCAAGGACAAGACCAGGAAGAGGAUCUUCCUCCACGGUAACAACCUGAACUCGCUCCACCAGCUCAUCCAGCCGGAGUGUUUGCCGUCAGAGUUUGGGGGGACUCUUCCUCCGUACGAUAUGGGGAUCUGGGCGCGAACGCUGCUGGGACCCGACUACAACGACGAGACCGAGUAUACGCUGACCUAUGACGCCCUGCACGUCCGGGAGAACUGUGGGGGAGGAGGAGACAAGGACAUGAUGAAGAGGUCUCAAUCAGCAGUCGAACCAGGAACUCUUCGACCAACAGACCGAGAGACCAGCACACCUCUCCUGGCCCUGGACUAAACCCACACACACACACACACACACACACACACACACACACCCACACACACACACACACA